AUGCUUUGGGUUGGUUCAGACAAGAGCCACGGCAUCGUACUGAGCAGCUCCAUCCUGUACUCCGUGGUGUGGGUGGCUUCGCACCUGCUAGGCGCCGUCGCCGUCGUGCUCUCCUGUUCGGCGACAGCAGAUGAAGCAGAGCGCACUCGAGUUCUGGUGGUUAGGGCUGACACGCUGAGACAACUUUAUCUUCGCCGGUUCCCUGAGAAUACACGCGUAGUACUGUGGAUACUGUAUGCAUUAUUUGGAGGCCUGGAAUCCCUCGUCCUACUGCAGAUCACCACACUUGUACUCGAACUGCGUGAGAGAUUUCGUGUACUCAACGACAGUAUCCUCAUCGCCGCCACUCCUCACGGUGAUAGGCACUUUUCGCGUAUCCUCCUGGGCUACGUUCGACAAGCGGCGCUGGUAUCCCAUCUCGGGGUGGACCGGCUGCACCACGCACACGCAGUUCUCCAGCGGGCAGCAGAAUUUUUCCAGCGCCACUUCGGCAUCAGCUUGGUCCUUCACAUAACGGCAUCAUUCUCUGCUCUCAUUUAUGGCGCGUACGAGUUUCUGGUGUUGUGGGUGGCGCCAGAGAAGAGCCACGCCACUGUGGUCAACAAUUCCAAGGCGUCAGCGGCAACGUGGCUGACGUCACACCUGCUGAACCUGGUGGCCGUGGUGCUCUCCUGCUCGGCGACGGUGGACGAGGCAGAGCGCACGCGCGACCUGGUGGUGAGGGUCGCCACGCUGCAGGGGCGGCCGUUUCUCAGCGCGGGGAUGGAGCCGCUGCUGACGCAAGUGCUGACCUCUCGCCCGCUGUCGUUCAAGGCUGCCGGUUUCCUCACCAUCGACCGCCAUCUGCUGGUGUCCGCUCUCUGCGUCACCAUCACAUACUUAGUCAUAUUAGCUCAGAUUUCUCUCAAUUAA